AUGUCAAAGGAGAAUGAAGCCAGAAUUCUUUCUCUAGACGAAACUACAUGGUAUUCUGUCCUUGGUCUCACCACCGUCGCAACUGAUGUAGAAAUUAGAAGAUCGUAUAUGAAACUAGCUAAGAUAUUGCAUCCAGACAAAUCUAAAAGUGAUGCAAGUGCGGAACUGUUCAAAGUCGUGGUGAAUGCUCAUAAUAUAUUGACAGAUGCUGAAAAAAGAGAAGAAUAUGAUACCUUGUUACGAAGUCAAGGCUUAUAUCAAUAUAAUUCUCCUGGGAAAACAUCAUCUUUCUCCACAAAAGAAGCCAGGAAUAGUCGACCAAGAAAAGCAAAAUCUUAUGAUAAACAACCGUACGGAUUUGGAUUUAGUAACGGGAAGAAAGAUGUUGGAGACAACUCUUCUCCAAAAAAAUCAUCUGUACCAAUAUUCCAAUCAUUUAAUAUGAAGAAUUAUCAACGAAGUUAUAACAAGAGGACUGAAAUGGAUGAAGAAAGGAAAGAGUACACAAACAACAAAUUUAGAGAUACUCAUGUUGAGGAAACGGAAGUAGCAAACAACGAAUAUGAUUCGAAGAGAAACAUUGAUGAGGAUGAGGAAGAGAAUGAGGUUGAGAAUGAUAUGGAUAUAAUUUCAACCGAUGAUGAGCAUGAAACAGGUGACCGUUCAAUGCAGGAUUCGGUAUCUGAAAGUGAAGGCAUUCAAAUCUUUGAAGCCCAAAAUAUACACAAACGAACAAAAAUGGAAGAAACAGUACCACAUGAGAAUCCAGGAGAUACAAACCAUACAUUUUGGAAUCACGAUAUUAGACGUUCAGCAAGAAAUAAAUCUAAGAUACGACAACAAGCACGAAGAUCUACAUCACCAGUAAAGAACACUCCACUCACAAAUACCGAUCUUCAUGACACUUUUACGUGUGGAAUCAAUGAAGUCAUCAACAAGAUGUAUAAUUCAAUGGGGAAAGAGUCGUCUAAAUCUCGAUCAUCAUCAGAGACAACAUACGAAGAACCAAGAGCUUCCUCGAAGAGAGGAAAACCUGCCAGCACCAGUACUCCAGAAGAUCGGACUGAUACUGACCCGAUUUUCAAUAUGGAACAUAUAAAUGAUACUUUGAGAUCAAUACCUAUGUCUAAGAAGGUCAAAUUAUUUGCAGAAUAUAACGGUACCUCCAGGACAGAAAGUAUACACGAACCUGUUAACCAGACUCUACCCAGAUAUUACAAAAAGGAUUCAAUGUCCAUGCAAGAUACGUUUAAUGUCAACGAAUUGAAUGAAAUGACCAUAGAGAUUCCACAGUUCAUAUUUCCUGAUAUGAUGCAAAACAUUACAUUGUAUGAGUUAGAGAAAAUUAAACAAGAAUUGACCGAUUUCAUCCAGCUUUGUAAUGAGAUAAAGGUCAAAUUAAUAGAACUAUAUUCAAAUAAGGUUAAACAUGAUAUAUCUCAUAACUCACGAUUAUUUAAAGUUGAGAACCAACAGUUCCUACAAGUAGGGGAUACUUACAAUAAUAUAAUCAUUAAUAAAAUCUAUCAAAUAGAACAAGCACAACACAUAGCCAUUGAAAAGUAUCUCAGGACCAAUCAAAGAGCAUUACCGUAG